GUUGAACAACAAAAUUUGACCAGGCCGCCAUAUUUGCAGACUUUGUAUUCCCCAUCGGCCCCCCAAAAUUCUCCGCAUAUUGUUGUAGAGAGAGCCAUGCGGCGUUUGGUCUUGGCGGCGUUGGCUUUGCUGCUGUCUCCCCAGGUGACCAGCGGCGCCCGAGAUGAGCAGCCGGCCUGCAGGCCGCUGACGGCCUCCUACUGCCACGAUGUGGGCUACGGCACCAGCCGGCACCCUGGCGGCGUGUCGGGUUUCAACCUGCAGCAGUUGAGCCAGAUGGUGGAGUCGGCCUGCUCGCCCCAGGUGGCCACGCUCGCGUGUCGCCUGGCGUUCCCGGAGUGCGGCGCGGAAAACGACGCCCGCAAGAAGCCGUGCCGGGCUUUCUGCGAGAAGGUCAAGACCGAUUGUGAGGGCGCCCUCAAAGCCAAGCGCCUGACCUGGCCCAGCAAGAUGCAGUGUAACACGCUACCUGAGUCCAACUGUGUUCAGCAACCUGACGCCGGUCCGACAUGCCAGAGCAUCACGGUCCCCAUGUGCAAAGACCUCUCGUACACGCAGACCGCCGUGCCAAACUCUCUGGGCCACAGGAGCCAGGAGGAGGCGGGCCUGGAGGUGCACCAGUUCUUCCCGCUGGUCAAGGUGCAGUGCUCGCCUCAGCUCAAGCCCUUCCUGUGCUCCGUCUACGUUCCGGAGUGCAUGGCGGGAAAGGCCCGGGCGCCGUGCAGAAGUCAGUGCGAGCAGGCUCGGUCCGGCUGUGAAGGCCUGAUGAAACAGUUCGGUUUCUCCUGGCCAGACAGUCUCAGAUGUGAGGACUUCUCGACAUAUUCAUGUGAGGAUAGCGGUGGCAGUUCCAGUGUGACGCCAGCAGGGGGGUGCCAGAGCAUAACAGUUCCCAUGUGCAAAGGCCUGGCGUACACCCAGACCAUCAUGCCCAACGCUCUGGGCCACAGCACUCAGGAGGACGCCGGCCUGCACCUGAACUCUUUCUAUGUUCUGGCCAACGUGGAGUGCUCCCCCCACCUCAAGCCCUUCCUGUGCUCCGUCUUCACUCCCGAGUGCGUGGCGGGGAAAGCCAAGCCGCCCUGCAGGACCCAGUGUGAGCAGGUGCGCUCCAGCUGCGAGUCGGUGUUGAAGCAGUUUGGCUUCAGCUGGCCGCUAGCGCUCGAGUGUACCGUCUUCACCAUGGAGUCGUGCCAGCACCACGCCGUGGCCACUGGCGGCACCUGCGAGCCCCUUACCAUCCAAAUGUGCCAGGGUCUGUCCUACAACCAGACCAUCAUGCCCAACCAGCUGGGCCACGCCAGCCAGCGAGAAGCCGCCCUCAGGAUGUCCUUCUUCAACCUGAUGGUACAAACUGCUUGCUCGGCCAACAUCCGCCGCUUCCUGUGCACGGCCUACGCCCCCCAGUGCGUGGCGGGCCGGAUGUGGCGGCCCUGCAAGUCCUUCUGCCACAAGGCCCACAGGGACUGCGAGGGCGCCAUGAGCCGUUUCGGCAUCUCGUGGCCGGCCGAGCUGAACUGCGACGCCUUCCCGCGGGACAUGUGCGUCACUGACGACCUCAGGCCGGAGAUGCUGAACGCUGACCAACUUCUGGCCAAGCUGCAGGCCGGAGGCUUCUCUGUUCGUGGCAAACUGCUGAGUCUCAGGACGGCCCGCAUGCUGGUGAAACUUGCUGAUGCAGACAAGUCGGGAGACCUGGACGUGGUGGAGUUCUUCAAACUGGAGCACUACGUGGCCGUCACCAGGAGGGAAUAUGUGGAGAGCUACGAGAGGGAGACGCCACCUUCUGUCAAGCGCGCUCAAAUGAUGAAGGCUGUGGCUGCGCGAGAAUUUUUCUUGGAUGAGGACACCUUCCAGACGCUGUGGCUGGAAUACAGCAGCCGGGGAAAGAUCGAGUACGACGAGUUUGUGACUGUGCUGACGAGGCUCCAGAUCCUUAAAGAUCGUUUCCGGUCUCACCUGGUCAGUUUGCCGUGUGACUGCCAAGUGGCCAGCUUCUCCUUCGACCAGUUCAUCAAGUCUGCAGUGGUGUGAGCAUCAAAGGGGACAUGACAGACGUGAGGACCCAAGUUUAUUAGCACCUUAUUGUGACAUCGUGUCCUUCCUAUGACUUCUGUUACACAUUAAAAAUGAGUACAAAGUGGA